GUUUUGUUUUGUUCGUUAGGAGAGGUCCCCUGAGCAUGCGGAGGGCAGAUGUUCGUGAUUCGGCGAAAUCGGAAUGAUAUCGAUUGAUGGGCAACAAUGUGCCGAGGACGAGCAGCCAGCAGGACUGGCCUGCCAUCCGCAACCAGAGCCUCGACGUCAUUCAUCGAGAGGGCAGGGAUGAACUGCACAAGAUCAAGGCGGUCGGCAACCUCAGAAUCAGCGCCCGGUUCCUCUCGCGCGUCGACUUCGAGCCGGCUGUCCUCCGCCGCCGCCUUCGCCGCGCCCUGCACGACACUCAACUCGCCGAUGGGACGCCGCUGGAUGCCGUGGUGACGUUUGACGUAGACAAUCUCGAGAGCAAGCUGCUGCUGCAGGUGUGGGUGCCCUGCACACGUGGGAUGGAUGAAUUGAUGGAUGGAUACCCUGUGUAUCUCUGUGUGUGUGUGUGUGUGUGUGUGUGUGCAGGCGUGGUGGCUGGUGGAGGGCCAGCAGUGGGACGAGGCGGCCGACGCACUGCGGCUGGCCCACCAGCGCACCUACUGUGAGCUGCCGGUCAUCGUCACACAGCAAGAUUUAGAGAAACACCGUAGCAAACAGGUGGGUGGGCUGAUGGGGAAGGGGACGGAUGGCACUCAUCUCUCUCUGUGUAUGUGUGAUGUGACGGAUGUGCCACGUCAGGCGUAUUUGGCUGAGCCGCGUGUGGUGGCCCAGUGGAAGAUGGUCGGCCGCCACGUCAACUUCGGUGGCGAGCGGGGCGGAUUUGAGCUGUUCGACCACGGCAAUGGCGACCUGCGGGCCAUCAAGGACGAGCCCGAGCACCGCCUCGAUCUGACCCCCCUGCCCCCCGCCCACCCCUACCACCCACACACCAGCCCCCACGACCCGCCCGUCAGAAACCACAUCGUCGACUGCUACGACGACGGCUGGUACACUGGUGCCUCUGUGAUCACCGAGGCGUCAUUUUCCUCGUUCCUGAGGGGCACCAUCCUGGUGCCCACCUAUGCCGGCAUGCAUCUCACCGACAAAGACAUAGACCGGUCGGCCAGUUGGGACGGCCCACGACGUUCCCUAUCCUCAUUGAUGCUUCAUUUGGUUGGCUCUGUGUGUCUGCCUGCAGUGAUGCCCGUGGCGGCGUGUUGGCGGGUCUGCUCGACCAGUCGGUCCACCAGCCGGUCGAGGGCACCACGGCCGCCAUAGCAUUUACCACUGUUAACGACUUGUCACACAAGGAGCUGCUGCUGACGCCGUUUGACCACUCAUUCAUCGCACUCAUCGGCGUCGACGACUUGGGGGGUGGACAGGGCAAGCCACAGACGACAGAGGGUCACUCAGACAGACAGCCCAUUCAUUCCGCUGUGUUGUGUGUCUGCAGUGUGUGUGAGGGUGAUGACGACCGAGCCGCCAGCAGCUGGUGUGUCUGCUGAUGCGCCCUUCAAGCAGCGCUUCCCCCGCACCACCGCCAUGGCGCGACCAGUGCUGGGCCCCAUCGCACCCAUAGUGUUCGACGGUGAGGACCCCGAUGAGGACGACAACGGCGAUGGGCAGGACGACGGUGGCGACGGUAGCGAUGAAGGUGGGUGGGUCUCUCGGCAGAAGGGGGGCUUGGUGGAUGGUUAGGUCGGUCUCACUUGUGUGCUGUAUUGUGUUGUGUGCAGAUAUGGGUGACGAUGUCGGUGACGGGGAGCCCAACGGCAGCGAUGAGGAAGGGGGUAAGACAGACAGCGCGACUCGGAGGGGAGGUGCAUCCAUCACGCGACGCCAGUGUGUGCAUGUUGGUGUGUGGUGGGUGGAUGUUUGUGCUGCAGGUGCGGCGGGUGACGACAUUGUGGGAGGCGGGGAGGGCCAUGCACAAUAG